GACAAACCCGGAAGUGAAGCCUUGCCACAUUCUCAGGCAAAGAAGCAGGAGGCAGCGUAGGCCAUGGCGACGGUGGAGGUCCUUCCAGGGCUGUACCUGGGCCCUGCGGGGCGUGGGAAGGCGGCGGAGAGGCCUCCGGGGAUCACGGCCCUCUUGUCUGUGGACUCGGAGCCCCCCGGGGAAGUGGGGCUGGAGGACGUGCUGCAUUUGGAGGCCCUCGACCAGCCCGGCUGCGACCUGCUGAGCCGCUUGGACCAGGCCGCCGCCUUCAUCGACAGAAUCCGCGCGAAGGAGGGCGCCAUUCUGGUCCAAUGUCAUGCUGGAGUCAGUCGAAGUGUGGCUGUUGUGACUGCCUAUUUAAUGAAGGCCAAUAAUCUCCCCUUUGAAGAAGCCUACACCUUUAUUAGGGCCAUCAAACCUGAUGCAAAAAUGAAUGAAGGCUUUGAGUGGCAACUGAAACUCUAUGAAAAAAUGGGGUGUGAGGUUGAUGUAACCAGUGCUGUUUACAAACAGUAUAAUUUGCAGAGCCUUACGGAAAGAUACUCUGAAUCACAGGACCUUCCAAAAGAAAUUUUUGCAAUUGAUCCAAACAACAUUGAGCAGGCGACAAAUUGUGAACUUACUUACAAAUGUCGGAAGUGCCGGCGUCUCCUCUUUCAAAGCUCAAACAUCCUACCUCAUGAUGAAGGCACAGGACUGGCAGCUUUUGCUCACAAAAGGUUUUCAGAGCCUGCCCCUUUUCACUGUAACAGCAGACCCGGUUGUACUUCUUACUUCAUUGAACCUCUACAAUGGAUGGAGCCAAUGCUUUUAGGAGUGAUUGAAGGACAGCUUCUGUGCCCAAAGUGUACAUCCAAGUUAGGGUCCUUUCACUGGCACGGUGAGCAGUGUUCAUGUGGCCGUUGGGUGACCCCUGCCUUCCAGAUUCACAAGAGCCGUGUCGAUGAAGCAAAAGGACUUCCAGCUGGUGCUCUGCUCAGUGCGAGAAAGCAAAGUUAGCUUGAAUCUCCAGCAUAUUUUAGAUGAAACAAAGACUCUAAGAACUUAUAGUACAAGAGCCAGUGGGGCUUUUUGGAGUAAAAGAUCUUUCUUACAGCUUUCCAGAAACAUGCAAGAGAUUUAUACACCCAACUCCAUGCUAGGUCAUUCCUGUAAGUGAUUUUGUACCAAUCCUCAAAUCCAAUUAAACAAUGCAAGAAAUGUA